AUGUCAUCCAGACCCGAACUCGAGAACAAGCUGCCCAGCUUGAAGCGCUAUGUCACAACCCACGAUCCUACCACUAAGCAGGCAGUCUUCUCAGACGCUGUCGACGAGACCUUGAAAUGGGACAGAAUACCAAGCGCAGCCUUCGGUCUCCCCUACGUCACAAAAGGGCAUCCAGUCGAACUGAACAACGACGCGGACCUGAAGGUCUACAAGCCCUUCCUCGAGAAGGCACCCGGACUCGUAACAUCUGGAGGCACGGUCCUGCGCUUCGUCGACAUGGAACCCGGUGCACUGUCGCCCAUGCACCGAACAAUCUCGCUCGACUAUGGCGUAGUGAUCGAGGGCGAGGUUGAGCUGGUGCUUGACUCCGGGGAGACUCGGAUCUUGAAGCGUGGUGAUGUUGCGAUUCAGAGGGGCACAAUGCAUGCGUGGAGGAACUUGAGCAUGGACAGUUGGGCGAGGAUGAUGUAUGUGUUGCAGGAAAGCAAGCCGGUGGAAAUCGGUGGGGAAAUUUUGAAGGAGGAUUAUGGGACUAUGCAGGGUGUGCCUGCUUCUCACUAG